UUCACAAUCAGGGACAGAAACUCGGAGACAGACGAACACUCGAGUUAUCUCCUGUCACUGAACAUAUGUGCAACUGCAUGUGUUGAUUUGCCUGCUGAAAUUUUGGUCCAGUACGACAAAACGUCUGCAAGACUCCAGAGCUUUUUUUUUUGACUGGACUCUCAUCUCCUACAAAAGAGAAGACGUGAACUCGAUCCAAAAGCCAUCAUUCAAUAUGCUCAAGCUGAUUUUCUCCGCGCUUUUUGUCCAAGUGGCAAUCACUCACGCUCACGUCUUCAAACUCAAGAAUGUAGUCGGUCAGAGUGAGCAGGUGAUAGAAUGUCAACAAGAACCCAUGGAGCUGGGCAUCGUAUUGGAUUCGUCUAGUUCCAUCAGCUAUGCCGAUUUCCAGAAGAGCAUCACGUUUCUCCAGAACUUCGUCAGCCAGUACGAGAUCGGAGAUGGCCCUAAUGACGUCAGAGUGUCCAUCAUCACUUUCGGUAAAGGCAUCUACCCUCGGGACUCCUUUGACUUGACCACAUACAAGAACAAGGAGGAAGUCAUCAAAGCUCUGGGGAAAGUCCCUCACAGAGUGGGUCUCUACACUUCCACUGGGGAGGCCAUCGAGUACAUGAGUGAGACGCAGCUGUCUAAGGCUGUGUCCAGACCGCACGCGGACCGAGUCAGCAUCGUUCUCACCGACGGGAACUCACAAGUGUGGCGAAAAACCCGUGACGCGGCCCAGGCAGCGCGCGAUAGCGGCAUCAUCAUGUUCGCUGUAGGUGUAGGCGCCGUGCGUCGCGAGGAGUUGCUGAGAAUCGCCGGAAACGAGAGCAGGGUCGUCAAAGUAGACAGCUAUGACCAGUUGGAGGAGAUCAAGACCGACCUGGCCCAGCAGACGUGUGUCAAGAAAGAGAAGCAGACGACAGUCACCACCACCACCACCACCACUCCUCUGCCACUGACAGAGAGGUGUGGGAAAGAGAAUCCCGCGGACAUUUAUUUCGUCUUCAGCCCCGCGGAUCUUGGCCUCGACGCUACCGCCUGGACCACCUCCUUGAUCUCUACCACCGUCAGGCAGAAAGAGAUGGAGAACGGCUUCAGAUUUGGAGUUGUAUCCGGUUCCUGCCCUGACGACGAAGGAUUCGACCUGAACGAUUAUUCCACCGUGGAAGGAAUUGAUACGCGUCUGACAAACAUGGUCCAACCACGCAUGACCACCCUGAUCAAACGACUGUCCACUUCUGGCUACUCCAAAGCUUCUGGCGGUCGGAGUAACGCACGUGACGUCGCUGUCCUCGUGGCGAAUGACGGGAAAAAGAACAAGGGCCUGGAAGCGGAAGUACGUCAUCUAAUGUUGAUGGGCGUGCAGGUGUUCAUCGCUGACCCCACCAAUUCCGGCAUCAGGAUUGACGGCGCCACAACUCUCACUGGACGCAGCGCCAAAAGCGCGUCAGCUGACCUGAUCACAAGGCUUUGCCCAGUCCGGACCGGGGAAGCCUGAAUCUUUAUCUUCUAAUAAUUAUAACUCAAACCCCGCCUCUCAUCAUCUCCCACCUCACCUCUCAUCAUCUC